CCCCUGGCAAAUGCAUUUAAAAAAAAAAUGUUUUGGAGAUGGGGACUGUUUUAACCCUCAAACCAAAGCGCUUGUUAUUAAUUACACCAAGUUUAUGGUUUCGUUCUAUUUCAGCACAAAUCAGCACAUAGAACUAGUUUUAGUACAAUGACAAUAAUAAAAAUAAAAAUAAAAAACCCUAAAAACAAAAUGGCUGCUGCCAUGUAAUUCAUGACUUUCAAAAACUCCAAAUCUGAAAAACAGUUAUGAGUAACUGGACUAACUUGAGUAACUUGACAGAUAAUAGUCAAAAACGACUACGUAAAGGAAAUCCAUCAAAGCACAGUGACGACGAAAAGAAUCCUUGUCAAAAGGAACAUGAACAGUCAUUAUCAUGCCUGAGUGAGAAUGGUUUUGACAGAGACAAAUGCAGUAAAUGUUUCCAGAAUUACAAAAAUUGUCGAGAUUUUUGGCGGAAUGUAAAAGUGGAUAGGGAGAAAAGAGGUAUAAAACCUCACCUUCCCGUGCCUGAAGAUCGAGAGGCAAUUAAGAAAGAGUACAGAAAGUGGAUGCCAUGGGCUUAACAAUAUACAACACUAGCUGGAUUUAAUGUUUAUAUAUUCCUAUACAAUUGGUGUGAGUUUCGACUAUUAAAAGUGUGAAAUUGUAAUAUGUUGGAAUAAUAAUGGAACAGAACGUAAACUUAAACUAUCCCGGACAAAAAUGUCAGUAUGAAUGGUAGGUUAUAAUUGUCUACAAGUUAUGUAAAUAAUAGAUACAUGUAGAUUUAAAGAAAAAUGUUGUGGGUGUUCAUGUACAUUUGUAGGCUACAACAAAUAAAUGAGCAAUAUUGAUUAUUGUUCAUGCACAUGUGAUAUAGCCACAACUACGCCUUAUGAGUUAUGUUUUAAUCUUUUACAUGUUUCAGUCUCGUCUCUGGGAAUUCCAAACUUGUUCAGACAUAAAUAAAUACAGAGUAAGAUGUAUAACGAAAGGACAUGAUGUUAGGGGUGGUAUAGAAGGGUAUUUCCACAGAAGAUUUAAUUGUAGCUGGAUUCUGGGACAUUUUAAAUAAGCAUUUCUAUAACUUUAAAUGAGGGGUGGGUAAAAAUUGUAGGGUUACGGGCAUCCUGGUUGAAACGUUGAUGUGUGAUGUCUUUUGUACAUAUUGUAUGUGUGAGUAUAUCCAUGAUUAAGUUUUACACUGUCACAUACAGAGAUAACAGCCAUCUACUGGCCUCAAGUGUAUUCUGAUUCAGUUACUGGGUUUCGAAGCUGUUAGGUAAUAGGUUUGGAUCCCAAUACCGGUGAAUUAAAUGGGGUAAUAUUAUAAGCCAAUUACAACCCUCACUUCUCUAGUUAACCAUUGACUUCUAGCUCUAAUAGUUGAGGUAUGUGCUCAGGAUAAUUUGUCGAAACUUAACUGAAUAUAAUAUAAUAUAAUAUAAGCAAGACAUAAACGACAAUCUUACAAGUUUGCAGGUGUGUACUGCUCAUAUGCAUAUUGUUUUAUUGCAUUUUGGCAACUAGCAUUAGGACAUGCAAGAGAUAAAAAUAAUACCUAGAUGCACAGAAUAUUUAAAGUAAUUCUUAGAAAGUUGUAUUGUUUUAUGUUGAAUCUGGUAGUGUCAAACCAGUGAACUCUUAAAGCAGAGUUAAAAUGUUUAUAUAGUGCUAGUUCAGACAAUGUACUUUCAUUUGUAUGUGAAGAUGGAAGAGUGAUGAAAUCUGUUGAAUCAGUGAAGAAUGUAUAGUAUUUUACACAUAUUAAAACUUUUUGUUUAACUGUUUGAAAAAUGGCAGUUGUAAAACUAAAACAUGAAUAUAUGUGUUAUUUUA